UUAUUUUAAGUUUCAUUUCCCUGCUUUAAAGCUCCAAUCCUCGUCGUCAAAAAUUAAAACCCUACCUACAGCCUCAGGGGCGGCUCUUCCCCCCUUCUUGUAAUCCCUCUCUCUUUCUCCUUUCUCAUUUCACUCUAUCGUACUAAUUCAUACUCAAAGCCACGCACAAAAGAGCCAACGUAAUGGCAGGCUCAGUUGACGAAACGGCGAAAGCUGUAUCGAGUUUGGCCGUGGAUUUAUCCUCUUCUGAACCUGCAGCUCCUGAAGAAACCACGAGCAAAAAUGCUCGCAAGAAGGAGCUGAAGAAUAAGCAGAGAGAAGAGGAGAGGAAGCGCAAAGAGGAAGAAAAGGCGAAGCAGGCAGCUGCCAAGGCAAGCAUGCAGAACCAGAGUCAGAAUCAGAAACCUGCAGCUGAUGAUGAGGAUAUGGAUCCAACGCAAUACUUCGAAAAUCGAGUGAAAUAUCUUGCUGCUCAGAAGGCUGAUGGAAAAAAUCCAUAUCCCCACAAAUUCUUUGUUGACAUGUCUAUACUCAAGUAUACUGAGAAAUAUGGAGGAUUAGGCAAUGGGGAACAUCUUGAGGAUGUGACUGUAUCUUUGGCAGGAAGAAUCAUGAGCAAACGAUCUUCGUCAUCAAAACUCUUCUUCUAUGAUUUGCAUGGUGGUGGUGCAAAAGUCCAAGUUAUGGCUGAUGCUAGUAAAUCAGGUAUGGAUGAAGCUGAAUUUUCAAAGUUCCAUUCUACUGUGAAGCGUGGUGACAUUGUUGGUGUCACUGGGUUCCCAGGGAAAACUAAGAGGGGGGAAUUGAGUAUCUUUCCUAAAAUAUUUGUGGUUCUUUCUCAUUGUCUCCAUAUGAUGCCAAGUAAGAAACCUGGUCCUGGUGGGGAUCAUUCUAAGAGUAACAAAGUUAAACCUGAUGCUGCUGCUGAUAAUUGUAAGAAAGCUGAUGUUCUGGUCCCAGGAAGUACCAGGAACCCUGACAAUUAUAUUUUGAAAGAUCAGGAAACUCGGUAUCGUCAACGUUACUUGGAUUUGAUGUUGAAUCUGGAAGUUCGACAAAUAUUCAAGACCAGAGCAAAGAUUAUCUCUUAUAUUAGGAGAUUCCUUGACAAUCUUGAUUUCUUGGAGGUUGAAACACCCAUGAUGAACAUGAUUGCUGGUGGUGCAGCUGCACGUCCUUUUGUUACCCAUCACAAUGAGCUUAAUAUGACGUUGUUUAUGCGCAUUGCACCUGAACUGUAUCUUAAAGAGCUAGUUGUUGGUGGAUUGGAUAGAGUUUAUGAGAUUGGAAAACAAUUUAGAAAUGAGGGUAUUGAUUUGACUCAUAAUCCUGAAUUCACCACUUGCGAGUUCUAUAUGGCUUUUGCAGACUACAAUGAUUUGAUGGAACUUACGGAACAAAUGUUGAGUGGGAUGGUCAAUGAAAUUACUGGUGGGUAUAAAAUCAAUUAUCAUGCCAAUGGGCUUGAUAAGGAUCCAAUUGAGAUUGAUUUUACACCUCCUUUCAGAAGGAUUGACAUGAUAGAUGAGUUGGAGAAGAUGGCUAACCUCAAUAUACCAAAGGACCUAGCCAGUGAUGAGGCUAACAAAUAUCUGGUAGAUGCUUGUGCGAAGUUUGAUAUCAAAUGCCCCCCUCCUCAAACAACUGCCCGCCUGUUAGAUAAGCUUGUGGGUCACUUUUUGGAAGAGACGUGUGUAAAUCCUACUUUCAUCAUUAACCAUCCUGAAAUAAUGAGUCCUUUGGCCAAGUGGCACAGAUCAAAGCCAGGCCUGACGGAACGUUUUGAAUUGUUCAUCAACAAGCAUGAACUUUGCAAUGCAUACACUGAGCUGAAUGAUCCCGUGGUACAGCGUCAACGAUUUGCAGAGCAACUAAAGGACCGACAAUCAGGGGAUGAUGAAGCAAUGGCUCUGGAUGAGACAUUUUGUACAUCUCUAGAGUAUGGAUUGCCUCCAACUGGUGGUUGGGGUUUGGGAAUCGAUCGACUGACCAUGUUGUUCACCGAUUCACAGAAUAUCAAGGAGGUUCUUCUCUUCCCAGCCAUGAAACCUCAGGAUGAACCUUCUGCUAAAGCUGCUACAACUUAGGAGUCUGAGGAGCCUAAAUCAGUGAAGUAAAUUAUUUGGUUGCUCUAAUCCAGAAUUGAAGUGGCAAUUGUGCUGUCAAAUUUGUUAUUAGUUAUGCACUGGUUAAUUUGUUAUUAUUAUUAUUUUUGUUUUGUCGCUAAAGUGUCUUAUUAUGUCAUUUCAUACCAACCCAAAAUAUGGUAUAGUGCUGAAGUGCCCAACACCAAGACCAAACAAAGCUCUUCUUGGUAAUAUAGCAUAUUUAUCAAUUCUCCAACGUUGUUGCAAUCCAUCAAAUCAAACAUUUUGUGACUCUUCUGCAGGCGUGGAAGUGAGGCAGGAUUUGGUUUCAGCUGUUUUUGUAUGAUUUAGAACUUGGAUCGAAUAAGCUGAGUUUGAGUCAAAGAUUGAGUUUGUAUUCAUAAAUGAGUUCUAGGUUGCUUUGAACAAUAGGGUUUGAGUCGGCUUAGAUUAAAUGAAAAGUCAAAUUGUUUUGCAGUUGAGUCUUACUUUGUUGAUCUAGAGUUGGUUUUUUUAGAUUUGAGUCGCUGUUGAGCUAGGUCUGAAUUUGCCUGUUCAUUUUCCAAUCAGACCUGCUAUUCUCUUUGUGCAUUGAUUCACUGUAGUUGAAAGCAUGAAUUACUGUAUUAUUAUGUUUUUAGAUAAAUGUUGUUUAGAUUCAUUUA